UGGAUGUGAAGACCUUACUACCCUCCGGGAUGCAGAGCCCGGUGGGAGGUGGAGGAGAUCAGGGCGGAGGUAGCGGUGGUCCGGUAGACCUGCGUACAGACCCACGUCUGAGUGCGCUAAGUGCUGUAGACCCAUCUCUGAGAGAAAAACAGCUUCAGCACGAGCUGCUCUUACUCAAACAACAACAGGAGCUCCAGAAACAGCUGCUGUUCGCCGAGUUCCAGAAGCAGCACGAGGUUUUGACGCGCCAACAUGAAGUGCAGCUACAGGAACAUCUGAAGCAACAGCAGGAGAUCCUCGCCGCGAAACGUCAGCAGGAGCUCGAGCAGAAGAGGAAGCUUGAACAGCAGCGUCACGAAGAGAUGGAGAAACAGAGACUGGAACAACAGCUCAUCAUGCUGCGAAACAAAGAGAAAGGCAAAGAGAGUGCCAUCGCCAGUACUGAGGUCAAACUGAAGCUGCAGGAGUUUCUGUUGAGCAAAAAGGAGCCCGGCCCCGGUGGACUCAACCAUUCCUUCCCCCAGAAGUGCUGGGGGGCUCACCACACAUCCCUGGAGCAGAGCUCUCCUCCACAGAGCAACACACCAGGAACACCACCCUCCUACAAACUCCCCCCGCUCUUAGGAUCCUACGAAGGCAAGGAUGACUUCCCUCUGCGGAAAACCGCCUCUGAGCCCAAUCUGAAGGUACGUUCACGGUUAAAACAGAAGGUGGCUGAGAGGAGGAGCAGCCCGCUGCUCAGGCGGAAAGACGGUACUGUGAUCAGCACUUUCAAGAAAAGGGCAAUCGAGAUCUCAGUGUCCUCUAUGUGCAGCAGUGCUCCUGGCUCUGGUCCCAGCUCUCCUAACAGCUCAAACUGUGCCAUUGCUGAGAAUGGAUCCAGCGGAUCCGUCCCAAACAUCCACGCUGAGCAGUUACGUUCUCUGCAUCAGUCUUUGACUGGCGAUGGGGCACCGAGUCCCCUAAGCCUCUACACUUCUCCAUCUUUGCCCAACAUCUCCCUGGGACUGCCUGCCAACGCCCACAUCACGGCCCCUCAGAAACUCAGUGCCCAGCAGGAGGCAGAGCGGCAGACAAUCCAGAGUUUGCGUCAAGGUGGGGCACUAACAGGGAAGUUCAUCAGCACAUCAUCCCUGCCAACGUGCCUUUCCACCGGGGCACCCCAUGACCCUGAACCCCCCGCCGCCUCUAAUAGCCACAGUAGCCAUUCCUCGUUGCUCCAGCACGUCCUGCUGUUGGAGCAAGCUCGUCAACAGAGCGCACUUCUCGCAGUUCCCAUGUAUGGACAGUCUCCGCUGGUAACGGGUGAGCGGGUAUCCAACAACAUGCGUACAGUGAACAAGCUGCCCAGGCAUCGACCACUGAGCCGUACACAGUCAGCACCCCUGCCCCAAACACCGCAGGCCCUGCAGCACCUCGUAAUGCAACAGCAGCACCAGCACUUCCUUGAGAAACAGAAACACUACCAGCUGAACAAGAUUCUUUCUAAAGGGACGGAUCUUCCAAGACAGCCUCCCACUCACCCAGAGGAGACGGAGGAGGAACUUACGGAAACCGCAGAGAUGCAGGACGAGCGAGGGGAGGGGCCUGAUCAUGUAAGGGAGGGGUUACAGAAAGACAGCUCUGGUGAAACCACACCUCCCUCUGAACGCAUAGUUCCGCUGAAGGGAGAAAGCACGGAAAGUGACUUGGAAGAAGAAGAUGAUGAAGAUGAAGCGGUCGAACUGAGGGAGUGUGAUGAAGACGCCCCUUAUGGCCAGUAUUUGGACCAGCAGCAUGUGCAGCAGCUCAACGUGUUCCAGGCCUCUCUGUCCAUCACAGGAAUGCCCCACAGACCCCUGGGAAGGGCUCAGUCGUCCCCUGUCACCUCCAGUCUUAAAGGAACAACCCUGAACGAGGUGCCCAUUAAGCAUCUCUUUACGACAGGGCUGGUUUACGACACCUUCAUGCUGAAGCACCAGUGCAUGUGUGGAAAUACCAACAUUCAUCCCGAACACGCGGGUCGCAUUCAGAGCGUUUGGUCCAGGCUGCAGGAAACAGGACUGCUGGGCCGCUGUGAGAGGAUCAGAGGAAGGAAGGCCACAUUAGACGAGAUCCAGACCGUCCAUUCAGAGUAUCACACGCUGCUCUACGGCACCAGUCCACUCAACCGACAGAAGCUGGACAGCAAGAAACUUUUAGGUCCAAUAAGCCAGAAAAUGUAUGCUGUCCUGCCGUGUGGAGGCAUCGGGGUGGACAGUGACACAGUGUGGAACGAGAUGCAUUCGUCAGGAGCCGUACGGAUGGCAGUCGGCUGCGUCAUUGAGCUGGCAUUUAAAGUUGCAGCUGGGGAGCUGAAGAAUGGUUUCGCAGUGGUCCGUCCUCCUGGUCAUCAUGCUGAGGAAUCCACCGCCAUGGGUUUCUGCUUCUUCAACUCAGUCGCCAUCACUGCCAAACUCCUGCAGCAGAAACUCGGUGUGGGCAAGAUCCUCAUCAUAGACUGGGAUAUCCAUCAUGGAAACGGGACCCAGCAGGCUUUCUAUAAUGACCCCAAUGUGUUAUAUAUUUCUCUGCAUCGUUAUGACGAUGGCAACUUCUUCCCUGGCAGUGGCGCUCCUGAGGAGGUGGGUGUGGGUCCAGGAGAGGGCUUUAAUGUCAACAUUGCCUGGACAGGUGGAGUGGAGCCACCUAUGGGUGAUGUGGAGUAUCUAACCGCCUUCAGAACGGUGGUGAUGCCCAUUGCCAAUGAGUUUUCGCCGGAUGUGGUGCUGGUGUCAGCUGGUUUCGAUGCUGUGGAGGGCCACCAGUCACCGCUGGGCGGAUACAACGUCACUGCCAAAUGCUUUGGUCAUCUCACUAAGCAAUUGAUGAAGUUGGCUGGUGGUCGUGUGGUUUUGGCACUGGAAGGAGGUCACGACCUCACCGCCAUCUGUGACGCAUCUGAAUCCUGCGUGGAGGCACUUUUGGGAGAUGAGUUGAAUCCUCUACCAUUGACGGUGCUUCAGCAGAAACCAUGUCCAAAAGCUACAGCUUCUCUAGAAAGAGUCAUUGAGAUUCAGAGUAAACACUGGACGUCUCUGCAGAGGUUGGCUCCCACGGUAGGUCAGUCUCUACUGGAUGCUCAGAGGCGAGAGAAGGAUGAGGCAGACACUUUGACCGCCAUGGCCUCUCUCACUGUGGACAAUGAACAGCAAACCACCUCCACUGAAACCAGCAGAUCAGCAGAGGAGCCGAUGGAGGAGGAGCCCGUGUUGUAGAAGAGCGAGUUCAGGUCAUCACUGCUCCAGUCUUCUCGUCCACAUGUGCUUGGCACUGGUCACCCUGACGUCACGCCUCAUGUUCCUCCUCCCAGCUCUUUGAUUGGUUCCCUCGGUCCGUCACUCAUUUCCAGGUGCUUGACUGACACGUUCACAGCACACCCACUUUUUGCUUUUCCGAGGUUAAAGCAUAGCAAACCGUUGCCCAAAGUGGACAACAAAGGCAUGAUGGGUAAUUACAGGACCACUCCAGUGAGGGUUGCGCAGCUGGACAGGCCGAACAAUGGAAGUACUCUUCAGAAA